UUUACCGAGGGAAACUCUGUGAACUUUAGUUACCGAGCUUCAGGUGUGCCAACACCAACAUAAGUCUGGGUUUUUGAUAAUGCUGACCUGCCAUCUGGUAUCAAUCAAUUCAAUCACGAAGGAGAAUCAUUCCUGGAAUUUUCAAGCGUCACAAAAGGGAUUGAGGGGACUUACAAGUGUAAAGCGAAACAUAAAGCAAAUACAACUAGUUCCUCUGCAACACUGCGUGUAUACGGUAAGUGUAAUGAAAAUGACGAUAACGAUAACGACGACGCCGACGAUAACCAUGGCGAUGAGGGUGACGAAUGUGGACCAGGAUUUUAAUCAAUUUCCUUUUUCUUAACGUAGGAAAAGCUUCUGCUCAAGUUGUUCCAGAUCAGUAUCCAGCACUCACAGCGGGAGACAACCUGACAUUGACCUGCAACGUCAACGACGAAACAAUAAAUGUAACUUGGAAAAAAGAUGAAGACUCACCACCCGAAAGAGCAAAGAUUGAUACACGAUUAUGUGACAGAAAGAGUAAACUUGCUAUAACUGAAGUUGUGAAGGAGGAAAGUGGUGUGUAUUCUUGUGAGGCACAUAACAAGCUCGGUUUUGUUGCCCUUUCCUCUUUAAAAAUAAACGUCAAAGGUAAGCUGGUGUUACUGUUGUGUCUUAAAUAACAUGAAACUCUACUGAUUAAAAAGUAUAUUUCUGAGUAGAUUGAAACUAUUUUCCAUUUAAAGACGAAACAACUAUGGGUCACCUGACCAUACGCAUGAAAUUACCUUACCUCGCUCUAUAAAUUUCAGGUAUUUUGCUUUUAAGAACUGAUGUCAAUAACGGGUUAAAGAAUGUGCCAAGCUAUUCCAAAGCUAUUCCAAACAACUUGAAUUUUAUUAGUACUUUUGCUACUGUCGAGAUUUGUCUAAUGGUCAUUUAUCUAUCUUACACAAGUAGCUAAGCAAGUGCCACGAGCUAUGCAAAGUUUCAACACUUUGUGGUAUUACAUUGGUGGAACAGUGGCGGCAGCGAUUGUCAUUUCGCCAAUUGCCUGGUAUUUCUGCAAGCGUCGAAGGACAGGUGACGUCCAUUUUUCUGUGUUAUUUCAGAUUUCUUUGUCUGAAAGUAAAAGAAAGAGAUUUUAUAAGAAUAACUCGCGUUCGGCCAAAAAAAGCCAAUUUUAAAGUGUUUUCACAUGUGUGUAUGGUGUCAUCAUGAUUAUCAUUUCUUUUAUUGCUUACGGUGUUUUGAUAAUAAUUACAAAUUAAGAAAAUAUCACGUCUCUCCUGAUUUGUGCAACUUCGAAGUACGCUGCCUUCACACAGAAAUUUUAUCGGAAUAUUCGAUUUAAUAAAUUAAUGCAAAGUUUUACCUUCUUUAUCUCCUUUAAUUCAUCAUUUGGAAUUGCAGCUAUGGCUCUGUAAGGCAACUAUUAAAUCAUCGAAAAAUAAAAUACGCCAUUACCUUCCUCAUGGGUCAUCAGCUUGCAUGAUGACGAUAACAAAAAUCAUAUCGCAGUGACUUUACAUUUAUCGUGUGUAUGAUGCAUCAUUAACAUUCAUCAAGUGCUGUUAGAAUCGGCUUCAUUAGUUCCUUUGUUCCAUUUUUUUUUUAUCUCUUUAGUAUCUUCCAUCUAUUUUCGGUUUGAUUAAUUCGUAGAUUUAAUACUUUGAAAAAAAGAUUGAACAGCACGAAGCAAACGACGAAGCUAUUGUUGAACUUCAUCCGAUUGACAAAGUGUACUUAAAUAACAAUAAUUACUGAUAUGUUUUGUAAUAAUUUAUGCUCCUGGUUUAGUUAAAAAACAUUAUUUUCUCAAUAUCGGCAAGAGAGAUUAUCUCGCCAAUCAAGUUAUCCUGGAAAAUCAAUUUUUCCUCCUGAUUUCUCUUUUUUUUUUUUUAUCACUUUUCUUUGUUUUGAACCUGAAAGUAUACAAUGUUAAUUUCCAAUAUUUAGUCCUGACCAAGAGCGGUGAACCGUGUCCUGCUUCAAGACGUUAUUGGACGAGGGGCGUUCGGAGCCGUGUGAGCUCACCAAAUGGACAACCGGGAAAUCGGACAGUGGACGCUAAAUAUUUCACGAGUAAGCCUCCUUCUAUUCGUUGUAUUGAUACAUAUGUUGAUCUCAGGGGCGGUUAUGAAAAUAUUUUAUUUGGGGAGAGGCGGAGGGGGAAGGGGGUGGUCCCCUCUUCUUCACUCAAGGUUACGUGCGGAAAAAAAAAGAAGAGGAGCCGGGGGGGACAAAGAAAUAAGAUAACAACCAGUAUGGUAGUAAAAGUGAUCCUGACAUUGCAGUGAUCCUGCAAGUAAUUUAAAAGGCCAUCUUGGAUUUAGAUGAGCCUGAACGUUGUAUAUCAUCCAUCCUAGUGUCCACUUUGUAGCACGUUAAAGAUCUUUUCCCUAACUUAAUUUUGGAGGGUCUAUCUAGAACGCUGACAGCGUAAAGAAAGAUUUUGUUUGUCUUUGAAAAUGGCGACCAACUUUUUUUGAAUUGGCUACCACUUUGAAGAAUUUAGGAGCCAAGUGGCUAUCAGAAAAAAAAAUUAAUUUCAUGCCCUGUAUUGGUAGGAUUUAAACCUCAACUGGGUCCAAUUCGGCCUUUAUACUCACGGUCAACUCAGCCAUGGCAAUCUGCUUGCUGUGAAAAUUAUCAUCCAAACGGAAAUAGGAAGAUGCAAGGUUUUUAACUAUAACAGAUUCCUUCUCAAGUUGAACUUGCAUGGAACAAAUAUAUUAAUCAGAAUGUGUCUCCAUCAAUGUAUAUUUUUGUUGUAGCCACUGCUGGAGAGGAAGGAAGGAAAUGUUUGAUGAGAGAAAUUGAGCUGGGGAAACUUAUCGGUGAAAACGUUCCGCCAAACAUUGUAAAGUUCAUGGGCUGCGUUACGAGACAAAGUAAGUAAUAUGCGUACAGUAUCUUUUCUAGGUAUAAUUAAUAACAUAUUAUGUUAUUAACGAUACUACGAAUGCUGAAUGAACAUAAGUUCCGUAACUCGGAUGUUCACGGAAGGAAUUGUUUCUUUUUCUUCGAGAGCAUGUAUCCAUCGACAGUUCACAAAGAUCUCGGUCGGAUAGCCGGAAAUCUCAUUAACGGGGCUAUCCGGCUUUUCCCUUUAACCUAUGGCAAAUUUUUGAAAAUAAAUUCCUGUAGGGGUAGAUCCCGAAAAAUGAGUCCUUCGUGUAGGCCAAACUGCUUUAUGAAAAAAAUCAUCGGAAAGGUUUUUUUUGAUAUGCAGUAAGGAGCCUUGACAUGGGGUUUAUUCUCUUUUUCCUUUGUUUUGCGUCUCUUAAUUUCACCCUAUACUCAUCAUGGAGUACAUGCCAUGUGGUGACGUACUUUGUUACCUGAUAAAAUGCCAAGGAGCGAGGGAUCGGUAUUAUCUUGGUGAGGGAAGAGCGCAGGAUUUGACCAACUACAAUCUUGUGCUGUUUGCCAAACAAUUUGCCGCCGGCAUAGUGUUCCUUGGAACGCGAGGUGUAAGUGGAAUACUUGUCACAUGUCAACUCUAACUCAGAAAAAUCUUUCAGAGAUAUAAACUAUUCAUUUUUCAAUAGCUCGGAUUUUGGCCAACAUUUUUGACCACUUUUGAAUAAGAUGAACCUCUAAGACUUUUUUUUAGCCAUGAUACUUUUUGUUGACAUUAGCAGGUCACUGCAGUUGUCAACAAUUAAGGCCAAAGUACACGAAAGUAAGGUUCAUAAUAAUUCGGUUGCCGAGCCUCAUAAAAGCCCAGCUAUGUUUAUCUGGGAUGGUAUAAAAGUAGGCCGAAAAAGAAACCCUCACAGCUGUGAAAGGUCGAGUAUGCGCUGAUGGUUCAUUGGAACUCCCUAGAAAUCAGUAAAAGGAAACAAAGGUAAAGAGAAAACUAUCUUGUCUUUGUCUUUUGAAACUUAAAAAUAAUAAAUGAAUACAAAAUUACAACAAUUGAUUAAGUAAAGGUGAUGAGAAAGAAAUACACUUAGCCAACUUGAAACGACAAUUCUUACAUUGUUACGAUUACUGCAAAACUGCGCUUGACGAAAAAACACUGUCCGAAGACGAAAUGGAGAGUAAAGGAACUGCUUUAAAUGCUUGAAUGCGAACCAGGAGCAAACCGCAUUCAGCUGAAAUACGGUGUGGACAAUUAUGACAUCACAAUGUAUUUGAAAAACAUCAGAGCGGGUGAAGUAGCGCAGACAUGUUCGACGUCCCAGAACAAACCUGAACCAUUGGCUAUACUAUUUUCAAUAAAAGGACAAACCUGAACCAUUGCCCAUACUAUUUUCAAUUAAAAGGACAAACCUGAACCAUUGCCUAUACUAUUUUCAAUUAAAAGGACAAACCUGAACCAUUGCCUAUACUAUUUUCAAUAAAGGUUCCUGUAGGAGGACAAUAUUGGUAUUCUUCGCAUAGUCCAUUAAAAAGUAGCUAAGAGUAGACCAUCAUUGUAAAAUUUCAGAUAUAAUAUGAUGAAAAGAUGUUGGAAUCGUAACCCUGACUUCCGUCCUCCUUUUGAAAACCUGCCACAAAGAAUGGACAAAUACAUUCGUGAAGAGGUUGGUUUCUAGAAUUAACAACUUCCCAAUAUUUUGUGCAUUUUAGAGACUCGAAAACUUUUCAAACUUCUUACCUUGCCCCCAUGUGUUGAAGCAAUACUUGCUAGCAUUGAUUUUAUUUCCAUUCUCUCUAUAAAAGCUUAAGCUAGGACCAUUCAUACUUUUGGCAAGAGACGUUUUCCAGCCUGUCAGGCAAUUUACGAGCAUUUUAACUUGUUCGGUCCAUCUGGUAUUUAUGUCGGUUGUGAUCGUCCCCAGGACAUAGAUCUGCUCAGUUCUAACCACCUACUCACAACUUCCCUAACUUCAGAGAGAAAACAAGAAACGCGCUAAGUAUGUCCGCGACUUUUAACUACAGAGAUUUUCAGUACGCUAGGGAGGUGAUCGCACUUACUAUAUUUUAGCACUCUGCAGCUAACGUAUAGCCCUCAUUUGUUGCCUUCUUCCUAAGACAUGAGGAACUUCUUAACAUGAACGCUUAUGACAAGGCAAAAUACUCUAGGGUUGAAGAUCUCGGAAAUGAAGAUGCAGGACCAAGUGAGAAAGUUGCAAAGAAGGCCUCAGCGAAGAGAUUGGGAAAAUGGGCCCAGUGA